GCAGAAGACGAAAACAAUUCAUCAUUCACAACAAUCAAAAACAAAACAAAAAAAUUAUGAUUUAUUUUGAUUUUCAAAACAAAAUGACUUUAAAAAAUUCAUUGAUUUUGUUCUAUAUGUUUACCAUUAUUACAUUUCAAUUAUAUUAUCUACCAAUGGCUAAUGCAUCAUCAUUUAGUUUAACUAGAGAUGAUUGUGCUGAUCUUUAUUCAAUGAUUGGUGCUAUUGGACAACAACAACAACAACAAACAGAAAAUGCAAUCGAUAUAAUUCGUCGUAUAACACAACAUCGAUUAGAUGGUGAUAGUCUUGUACGUCUUUAUGAUCUUUGUUUACGUUCAGAAGAAGGUAUACGUUAUCGACGAUCAUUACGACCAUCAUCAUCAUCAUCAAUUUUACCAUCAUUAUUAUCAACGAAAAAUAAUUGGAAAUUAUUAGAUCGAAAUAAUAUGGGAAAACAACAACAUUUUUCCAUUAUACCAUCAUCAUCAUCAUCAAUCGAUCAUUCGGAUCAAUCAUCAAUCGAAACCGAUGCAUAUAUACCAUUACGAACCAAACAACAACAACAACAUUAACCUAGGAGAAAAUAAACAAACACAAAAUAUCGCAACAUAAAUUAUUUAAAACAUC